UUGUUGUUCCCCCCCCCCUCCUUACUUUCUCCCGCACGCAAGAGGUAUUCGCCAAAUGCCAGUUAGGUCGGAAGAGACAAAAUAGAAAGGCGUCUUUUUGCGCCUCUUGUUCAUCGAGCAAUGUUUCAGAAAAAAUGAGGACAUACAAGGCACUGUUUCCAACUAAAUCUUUUAUCCAAGAAAACCAAUAUACAGUAAACUACCACUUGAACGUCACUUAAGCAAAUUAUUCAGCUGUACAAACUUUUUUUGUAUCCCCCAUCGAAACCCCAUUCAACCCAAUGCAAAUGCCUUUCAGUUUAACAAAAUUCAGUACAGUGGCAUUUCAGUUCUACAUCAUCAUCAUCAUGAUUUUUAUUUUUACCACUGGAUACAAGGUGAAAAAGGGAGAGCCGGGAAAAAAGCCGAAAUCUCUUCGGCUUGACAAAGUUCCGGUCUCCCAGACAGGCACGGAAGCGGCUGGUGUAGCAAUACAAUUACGCAUAAAGUGUGGAUAUAAGAGUUUUUUAAACACAAAUACAUAUAGAAAUUUUCAUGUUAUUACAUGGAAACUAGUUGUAAUACAGUUGUGUCAAAUGACUCCCAGUAUACAAUUAUAAUCUGUUAUCUUGCAUAUUAUUAUUUAACACAGACUCAGUUGCAUAUAUCAUAGUGGACUUGGAAGCACCGAACGAGUACGGAUGCUGAUCAAAUUUUUUCUGAUCGCACAGAUCGUGCUGUCGAGGACCGGAUUCGUCGACGCAGGGUCUGAGCAUGCACUGCAUCAGGCCUAUCUACUGCUACCUCCGGCUGUCUGCCCUGCUGGCUUCAUCGGACAAAACAAGUCGCAGGAAGCUGUACCACGUGCACUGCACUGGGACCACCUGACCAGCACGGUGACGUCGACGGAGACAUCGUGGCUCCCGGAUAAAAGCAGCAGCCUUUUCGACGUUCCCUUCAGUGGACUUGGAAGCACCGAACGAGCACGGAUGCUGAUCAAAUUUUUUCUGAUCGCACAGCGCCUGUCUCGUGCUUCUGAAAAGAGCUUGCGGUGUUGGCGUGAACAGACAGAGUUCAUCACUUGUGCAUGUGCAACACAUUGGCGGAGGCAAUAUGAACUGCAUUUCUCACUAGCUGGACAAGUCGGAAUGGCAAUGCACCUUGGAGAACAAGACUCGAAUUGUGAAAGUCUGGUGAUUUCACAGAACUUUGUUUUAUGUCAAGAUGGGCUGACACCAUGUCACCUGAUGCUGUCACUCUCUGUUCUAUCUGUGUCCCCUCUCGCCUCGCACAUAAGCGCUGCAGUUUCUUCAGUGCUUCUGAGGGGAGUCACGGAUAAUUGCAGCUGUCAGGUGGCUAAUGUGACAACGGCCAGGGAGCUCCACAGGGCAUUGUGCACAUUCGAUGCGGUGGGGUGAAAACAAGCUUCUCCCAUCUCCUUUCCUCUCUUACUUGUGCCUGUCAUGUAUAUACACACUCUGAACACCCCCCCUCCCCCCCGACGUGGUGUGUGUGACAUCAGCAGCAGUCCACCGCAGCAGCUGGAGUGGGAAAGUCAAAGGAAGAGACAAAGAAAGCUUCACUUUAAAACAAAAUGCGUAAAGGUUUCUAUGCUUACCCAAUGAGGAAACCCGUCCGUCACGUAAGAUGAUUGCUUUCAAGAUAAGGCCCGCAUGAGCGAGCGAAUUGUAAGAUCGGGCCUGCGCAGCCGUGCCAUAAGCAGCGGCCGCUGAUGUACAGUUGAUAAUGGUUUGCAUCGAGAGGAGGCAGCAUCAUUGACCACAUCUACGUAUGACGUCUACCUAACGUGACACUGUUCAAUUACGUCACGUAGAACAGCACGCAUUGGCCAAUGCUCAUCUUCCAUGAAGCAGCAACAUCAUCCAAAUGCACCAUGAUAUAAAAGGAGUGAACAGUGCUACUACUGGCCUCUGCUUCAUACUCAUGCUGGUCUCAGUUUAACAUUUUGGUGUUGCAAAUGCGCUUCUCCAUUUCAUGAUUUUUUUCGUGGCGUUUCUCGCAAUUAUAUUAAAUGCAGCAGCAUAUGACGACAAAACAGUAGGUGAUCAGUCGCAAAUGCUUAUGCAUCAUUUAGAUAACUCCCACAGGAUACUCUGCAUGUAAUUUUAUCUUUUUCCACUUUCAGUAUGCUUCAGCGCUAUGGUAUGCUUGACCGCGUAACCUUGCUAUGUCCAGUGUUUGUGACCCCUUCCCACUGUUGGUAUACUUCAUCACAAUGCUAAGUGCAUGGUUGAAUGCGUAACACCACUGUAUUGGGAUGAAGCUAACUUAUGGGUCUGACAUUACAGUUUUAAUUUAGCGUACGCAACUAUAGCGUAUGCUAUACGCUAAAGUAUAUAUAGCGUAUGCUAAGCAGCACACAUUUCUUUAGGUUGCGUUGGCCUGUGAGAUGGUCAGAUCUUAGAGGCCAUGUGCCAUCAUUGCAGCUAUCUCCCGACUGUAGCUAUAGGUGGUGCUAACAUGUCGGAUGUUUCUUUCGUUAGGUUUCAACUCACUCGAAACGAGAAGCGAUCUCGAAAACACCACAACGUAAUACUCUGUCGUUGAAGCAGCCUGAGGCUAAGUGAAAGCCAUUUACACAGUCAGUUGCAAAGAACGAAGUCCAUUUUACAAAAGCAACGCCAAAUUCAAUUCGAAGCUGGCAGCCGGGGCCGCCGCCAUGUUUCACGCAAAUUCCGCAAACCACGCAAAGACACUAAUGCUAAAUCUGAGAAAUAGUGCACGUACGCUAUACGCAAUGGGUCGUUUAGCGUUCUGCGCAUGCGCAGUGAUGACCCACUAUUUUAUAGCGUACGCUAAACUAAAACUGUCUAUUAUGCAGCACAUUUUAGAUGCUUGCUGGUUUUAAAGUCCGAAAGCUGAGAUACAACAGCGUCGCACACUAUCACGUGAGGAAAACGAACCGCUGCAUGCAGCAAGUAGCGUCAGCAUAAGCACUAGAUUACAGUUGAACAGCUCUACAAUGAAGACCACAAUUAAUUUGCCUGUAAAACAAAGAAACUUAUGCGUCCCUGGCGGCUGAUUUACGUUUAUAAAACGAAUGCCGCACCAGUGCCGCCACUGCCCCGCGAAGGUGUCACCAGGGUAAGCUGUGUGCUAGCGCUAACAGCAGUGUAUUUGAAGAGCGUGCUGAUAUUACUAGUUCUGUUGCCCUGCUCCAGGAUUCACUCACCUCGUAUGCUACUUGUUGUGACGGAUCAACGGCUGACGAAUGCAUGGAUAGGCCGCGAAUGUCAACGAAGGCGACCAAAAAUUUUGCAGCAAGGGAGGCUUAGGGGCACUAGACAAUCGGGGGCUUUGCUUUGCAUGGUUCCUGCAUUUGGUUGGAGAGCAAGCUGGGAACCUCAAUGGAGCAUACGGUGGCUACAGUAGAACGUGCUGUCAGGGAUAUUUUGCAGAGAAAAAUUAGCGGUCUAUUUCAUUAAGUCUCUCUUGAAUUCUUGUUAAAGAUUUUCUUUUGUUGAAAGUGCUUAGCUAUUGUGAGCAGUGAGCUGCGCAACCUUUAAAACAAAGUGACCUGCAUAGCGAAGGAUUUUGAAGGUGCGAGCACUUUGUUAAAAAGGCGUUUGACUACAUAGAUACAUUCAGAGCAGCGCUUUCUACCCUUUAGCCCAUGCAGAAUUUGUAGGUCCUAUUUGCGCCACCAGGAUCUGCCGAUGUACUGCAGUGAAGCCUUUAAUAUGUGUCCCAAUGUCCAGUGCUACGGAGUUCAACAUAUCCAUUUAAUGUCUGAGCAAGUUUGAUGUAUGAAGUUUCAUAUACAUGUAAUUCUCUUGGUGAUUCACCACCUGUUAUUUAAGCAGUAAUUCUAUUUAUAAUUGUUUCAUAUAACAAGGUUUAAUUGUAAUGAAUUAUUGCUAUACGACAUUCUUUCCAUUACUAUAACUAAUACUCUCAAGCUUGGAAUCUCCCAGCUUCCUCAUACAGUUGGCCAAUGUGACAGUGCACCUGACACAACAAGCCAUGUCGUACACUUACUCUGUGCAUAUUCACAGCCCAUGCAAGCUUGUGCUGAAAGCUUGUUGCUGCUUGCAGAGGUAAACGUUUCACUUGACUGUUGUAAUGAUCUCGCUGACUAUGUGAUGGAAUGAACAGUUACUCCACAAUAAAACAUAGUAUGAGGCCAUUUUGUAAACAUGAGCUUGAAGUAAAACUGUGCCAUGCAUCGUCGAAAAAGGAAAACAACAUUACAGGGAUGAGCAUACUUAUCGUGGGCUUGUCUCUAUAGCUUUUAUGUCUUGCUUUGUCCACAUUAUGCUGCACAGUUUUAGUUGAAGCGGUUAUUGGCUGGCAGACGUCUUCCCAUCAUGUUACUACGAGUUUUGAUGAAAGCAGUCUUGGCCAGCCUCUCUACCCCUGGUUCUCUGGCUUAGGUGCUGGUGCCUCCAGUAGUUCAGAUUUGAAUGGGUGCAAAUUAAUUUUCCCUCUCAGUGAAAUCAUACCAACUUUCCCAGGUUACCUGGCUUCUACAAUUCCUCCUAAGUUGAACUUGUCCAACAGCUUUACCGAGUACUUUAAGUAGGCAGUGUAUUCUAUGUCGUAGGGCAAACAGAAAAUUAGCAUAAGCACUCUUGCUUUCAGGCUGCCAUAGACUUCGAGUUAAAAGUGCAGUCGAGAUCAACAUGUCCAACCUUGAUCCCUCCAGCCAAUGUGCCAGCCUUCCCUAUGAGCCACUACUUGCGAAGGUGAACAUACCUUCUUUGUUCCAUGCAAAACAUUUUGUUAACUGUUUCCAGGAAAAAGUAGUUCAAGCAUAAAUGGCCAACGCAUGCUCUUCAUACCACGUUGCCAUGGAUAAUGGAGACGAUAGGAAAGUACAGGCCAGCGUCGCUGUCCCAGAUCCAUCCGGCAGCUUUUCUGUCACAGGUCCAUGUGUCCUAACUGCUGGUCUUCAAUGGGAGUUGACACUGUCUCCUUCUAUAGGGGGCAUUUUCUGACAUGCUCUUCUGUGGGAGAAUGCCCCAUUCAUAAAAAGAAACAACAAAGAUUGGACACAAAAUGGUGCAGCUCAUUAAAAAAAAAUUACUUGCUGGGUUCGCCACUGGGCCGUAUGCAUCGGCGCUCGUGACUCGACAAAAAGCAGCCGCAGCGGCACGUGCAAGCUCAGGCUUCACAUAGUUUCGCGCCCAUCGCAAGAGGGGCACUUCACGGCUACAUUCGGAUAUCACCGGCGCACAAGGAGGAAGUGCAGAAACAUGCACGCUUGCAGUCUCAGAGGGACGCGCAUGCGUGCAAACUCGAUACCAUGGGUGCACAGCUAGAAGGGAAGAAAGGUCGUUUUGCCACACGCUUGCGCACCCUGUAACAUUUUGUGGGCGAGUGUACAUGCUAGACAUGUUGUUUUUUCUUAUUUUUGAAAUGUGAUCCUUUGGGAUGUAUAAUACAUAUAAUAUGCAUCUUAGCUUUGUUGUGCAUUAAGAAGAAUUUAUUUUAUAAAUACUAUAUAAUUAUCUGAAAAGAUGAAUGUUUCUUUAGAUUUCACACAUUUCUUUUGCUACAUUGUAAAUGUAUAUCCUAAUAGAUUAGUGUUUCGUAUGUUAUACGUUUGCCGAUAGGAGACUUACUGCUGCCAUGCGAGGGCCUUCAGGCACAUUAAAGCUGUAUGUUGCAGCUUUUCGCCUGGAGGACACCCAACAAAGUAAGUUUGUUGGAAAUAAAACCAUUUCUGGUAUGGUAAGUCGAAAAUUCUAUUUCAAGUCGCUGCCUCUAGACCCUUCGUGCCAACCGCCAUUUUGGCAAGGCUGUGUGAUGUCUGGGAAUAAGGCUGCUUCGAUGGAUUUCAAGACCAGAUAGCAGCCUUCCUUCACACACUCUGGCACCAAAAAGGGCAGCACAGGUGUCAGUGUUACUUGUGCUACAAUUCCUUCACUUGUGCUAUAAAUAGCAGCAGCAAACUGCCAAGAUGCAAAAGCAAAACAAUGAAUGAGGGCCAUAACGUAUUUCCCAGCUCCUGAAAUCAGUUCCAGUUUUUGCAGUAGACAAAAGCAUGGCCUUCAAGAUCAGCUUCGAUUACCAGUGGGAACAGUUUCCA